AUGGCCGGAGCGGCGGCGGCGGUGGCCGCCGGAGCAGCCGCCGAAGCAGCCCCAGCUGCGGUGGCCGUGGCGGCCCCGGGCCGGGCCUCGGCGGCGCCACCCCCGCCGCCCGUGUACUGUGUGUGCCGGCAGCCGUACGACGUGAACCGCUUCAUGAUCGAGUGCGAUAUCUGUAAGGACUGGUUCCAUGGCAGCUGUGUUAGAGUAGAAGAACAUCAUGCUGUUGAUAUUGACCUAUAUCACUGUCCCAACUGUGCAGUUCUCCAUGGAUCUUCCUUAAUGAAAAAGAGGAGGAACUGGCACAGACAUGAUUACACAGAAAAUGAUGAUGGUUCCAAACCAGUACAAGCUGGGACACGAACUUUUGUUAAGGAAUUACGUGCUCGGGUCUUCCCAAGUGCUGAUGAAGUCAUUAUAAAGAUGAAUGGUAGCCAGUUGACACAAAGAUACCUGGAGAAACAUGGAUUUGAUGUGCCUAUUAUGGUUCCCAGAAUAGAUGAUCUAGGACUUAGACUCCCUCCACCAACUUUUUCUGUUAUGGAUGUGGAACGUUAUGUAGGUGGUGACAAAGUAAUAGAUGUCAUUGAUGUGGCAAGACAGGCAGACAGCAAAAUGAAACUUCACAACUAUGUUAAAUACUUCAUGAAUCCUAACCGUCCAAAGGUGUUAAAUGUGAUCAGCCUUGAAUUUUCAGAUACAAAGAUGUCAGAAUUGGUGGAAGUUCCUGACAUUGCCCGAAAACUUUCUUGGGUGGAAAAUUACUGGCCAGAUGAUUCAGUCUUCCCUAAACCAUUUGUUCAGAAAUAUUGUUUGAUGGGAGUUCAAGAUAGCUAUACAGAUUUUCACAUUGAUUUCGGAGGCACUUCAGUCUGGUACCAUGUUCUCUGGGGUGAGAAGAUUUUUUAUUUGAUAAAGCCAACAGAUGAAAAUUUAGCACUCUAUGAAUCCUGGAGUUCAUCUGUCACCCAAAGUGAAGUGUAUUUUGGUGAAAAAGUAGAUAAAUGCUACAAGUGUGUUGUGAAGCAAGGGCACACCCUCUUUGUUCCAACAGGGUGGAUUCAUGCUGUGCUCACAUCUCAGGACUGUAUGGCUUUUGGAGGGAACUUUCUACACAACCUUAAUAUUGGCAUGCAGCUCAGGUGUUAUGAGAUGGAGAAGAGACUAAAAACACCUGAUCUUUUCAAAUUCCCUUUCUUUGAAGCCAUAUGUUGGUUUGUAGCCAAAAAUCUGCUGGAAACUUUGAAAGAAUUGAGAGAAGAUGGUUUCCAGCCCCCAAACUACUUAGUGCAGGGAGUCAAGGCAUUGCAUACUGCUUUAAAAUUAUGGAUGAAAAAAGAACUUGUAUCAGAACAUGCCUUUGAAAUUCCAGACAAUGUUAGACCGGGACAUCUCAUUAAAGAACUUUCUAAAGUAAUUCGUUCAAUAGAGGAGGAAAACAGUAAGCCAGUCAAAUCUCAGGGAAUCCUCACUACAUGCCCAGUUUCACGAUCCUCAAAUGAAGUAUCCUCCCCAUACCAUUCCAGAAGAAAAAUGCGAAAACUUCGAGAUCAUAAUGUUAGAACUCCUUCUAACCUGGACAUUUUAGAACUCCACACAAGAGAGGUGCUCAAACGACUAGAGAUGUGUCCAUGGGAAGAGGACAUUUUGAACUCUAAAUUGAAUGGGAGAUUCAACAAGCACCUCCAGCCGUCUUCUACAGUACCAGAAUGGAGAACUAAAGAUAAUGACCUGCGGUUACUGCUGACAAAUGGAAGAAUAAUUAAAGAUGAAAGACAACCUUUUACAGACCGAAAUCUAUAUACAGCAGACAGUGAGAAUGAAGAUUACACGGAAAAGGCAAAAAAGGCAAAAAGCCUAAAGGUAGAGCAGAUUUCAGAAGCACAGGGAAAUAGAGAACCUCAGAAACCUCUUAAUAUGUUUUUUGAAAGUGUGAAAUCAGAACUUAGAAAUGGAUCUUCACAGUAUUCUGAUAUUUCUGAUUCAGAGGAAUCUGGGCCUGAUUGCACUGUUCAGAAAAAUGAUUUUACUAAAGAAGAGUCAGAAAGCUCAGGAGAUGAAAAGAAACAAAAAAUAUCUUCAAAUUUUAAGGAGGAAUCUGAAAUGAAGAUGAACCUGUAUCAAACUCACAAGAAACCAUCUAAAAAUGAAAUUGCAAGUAAAAGGGAAUGUCCUACCUCGACCAGCACAGAGGAAGAAGCUAUUCAGGGUAUGCUGUCUAUGGCAGGAUUGCACUAUACUACCUGCUUAACAAGACAGAUACAAAGCACAGAUUACACAGGUGAAAGAAGCUCUUUUCAAGAACACAACAACUGCCAUGCAACUAACCAUGAAGUUAGACAGUUGUAUCAGCCUCCUAAGCCACUGGAAUAUGGUCAGCAUAUUAAGACAGAGGAACAAGAAUUGGGGACUUCAUCUUGGGUCAGGCAACUCACAACUUCCAGGUUUAAUCCUCAGGAACCAGGUAAAUCCCAGAAACAUAUCAAAAAGGAAGGUUCACCAGAAUUCAGUCAGAAGACUCAAAGUAGGAAUUACAUGGACAGCAGUAGUUCAAGUCUCCAAAAUGGGAAGUGUGUGCAGAAUCCAAGCUUUGUGCCCGGCACAUGUCAGAUGAACAAUGGCAAUUUUAGUCCAGAAAGGUCUGGGGGUGAAACUUCCUUUUCAUUACCAUUGCACCCAAUCAAGCGACCUGCAUCUAAUCCACCACCCAUCAGCAACCAGGCAACAAAAGGUAAACGUCCAAAGAAAGGAAUGGCAACCGCCAAACAGCGCCUUGGGAAGAUCCUUAAGUUGAACAGAAAUGGCCACGCACGCUUCUUUGUGUGAUGGUAGCUGCUUUUGCUGCCAUUCUCACCCUUGGUGACCAGUAUUGAGGGCAAUGGGGCCUGGAGCUUCUGCUGUUCCUCUGCUUGAAGCAGACUUGCAUGUACAAUAUAAAACACUGCCUGAAGAACAAAAUGAACCUGAUGCUGCAUUUUCACUGUGCCACACCCACGAGCAAUAACCAUUGUGGACCUGGUGGGGGGAGGAUGAAGGAGAGGAGGAUUUUAAGAGAGAUCAGGAAUUAGGGCUGGUCUCUUGUCAGGGCUUGAGUAUCAUUUUGUCACUGGUAGUGUCUUGACUUAUUUUCAGUGGUAAGGUAAAGAAAGUUAUCAGUAAUUUAUUUAACAGAUUUUUUAAAAAAGUUAACAGCUUUUAAAUUCUUUCUUUUUUAAGCUAUUUAUUUGGAAGACUCGUGGGGAAGUAUCUCACUAAUUUAGAUUUAAGAAUGUGAAGGUUUUUAAAUUAUUUUUGAUAGCAUGAGUUACAUGUGGUGAAGAGCCACAGUAACAGUAAUUUGUCUGAACUCUUAAAAUUUGAAAUUCAGGUUAAAGUCUUAAACAGGGAUUUGAUGCAUUAAUUAUUUUAAAUUAAGAUGUAUAUGAAAUUCAUUUUAUUUUAUAUAUUUUGUGUUUUUUUUUUUUUUUUAAAUAAGCUACUACCUUGGCUUUUUCUAAUUUACAGGUUGCAUAUUGUCAUCCAGGUUAGUUACCUUAUUGCAUCUUCUCUUUCUGCUGUCCAUCAUUUUGACAACCCAACAAAAAUAUUUGUUUUACAGAAAAAUAACUUCAAUACCCAAGGCUUUCCCAAAAAAAAGAAAAACCUUGCCAAAAAAAACCAAACAAAACCCCAAACCCUCUUUGUCUCACUUUGACAAUUAUGAUUUUUCUAUUUAGGUAGAAAAAAGACAUCUUGAAAUUUCAUUUGUGUAUUUGAUGUUAGGUCCCAAAGAACCUGCUUUUUAAUAUCUUUUCCUUCCUUGUUCAGAAAAGAACCAUAUGAUUGGUAUAAUUUAGUUAUAUUAGUAUUUGUUUAAAUACAUUUAUAGCUACAGUGGGUUCCUUUUAUAAUUUUGUGGCUGGGGAGAGGGGAGGUAUAAAGGGGAGAAGAAGAGGGAACCAGAAAUAACACCUGCUUUAUAGGCUGUUAUAACAAGUUUUUAAAAAAUAUUAUAUCCUAACUGUUGGGGGGAGCUAUGAUUUGACCUGCAGUGUAUAUAAAACUAUAUUAUUAAGACCUAUCAAAAUAGGCUUCUAAUUGAAGUUGUUAUAGAGGAGCAAGGGUAUUGAAGUAGUAGAGUUGAUUAUUUAAUCUUGUAACCUUUUAAGAUUUAGUUUGGAUCUGAGUUUGAGAUGAAGUUGGUGCUUUCUGCAGUUUACUCUUUCUUGACUUAGCCAAUACAUGAAGAUGAGAUAUUUUUAAAGUAAACAUCUGUCUGCUUUAUACAUACUUCUUAUUGAAUGCCAAAUUUCAGUUGUUUGUUAAUAAUUUAUAUUUUUCAAUUGAUAAUUUUUGGUAACAAUUUAAAUACUGAAUUUCUGGGGUUGGAAUGGAAAAAAUAGGUAUUCUUGAUUCUGAAAAAAAGGGGGAGCAUUUUAUAUGCUCCCAACCAGGAAUUUCAAGUCUAGGGAAAUGUACUAGGUAGGCUUUAUUUUUAUGAUGAUGAACUAUGGCCACAUCACUGAUUUGUCUUAUUUUCAUUCAGCCAACAGGCUGGACUUAUCUUUUUGUGCUGUCAUUUAUGCUGAGGAGCUAGAACAAGCAGAUCUGUGUCUCCUUCCGGAUUUACAUUUAUGUUUUCAGAAGAGGAACACUUCUUUUAUCCCAUCUUCCUUCCAAAGUUUAAAGGAGUGUAUUAUAAACAGGUGAUGAAUUUGCCUUCUUUGGUUAUUCCAAAACCAGAAUGACUUGGCUCAAGACUGAUCCAUUUCUGGUUGUCAGGGAGAAGAUUCUAUCAAACAUAGGAUGUCUAUAAAGAGCUCAUUUUAAGCUAUGUCCACACUAUGCCAAAACAACUAGUUGAAAACUGAAUUAUUCAUUAAGCCAACUGGUUGAUUAUUUUUUCUACACGAUGCCAAAAAACUGGUUUGACUGAUCUUUUCUCCCACUGAAAUGAAGUAGUAUUUUGGUUUUGUGUAGAUGGUGUUUUUAGUGUCAGGGAUAGAUUACAAAUAGAUUAUUGCCUGUCAAGAAAUAACUUUAAAACUGAUUUUUUAAAAAAACUGAGAUGUGUAUUGAUUUAAUUUGUAUCUGCAGUUAUAGUAUUUGUAGCUGCUUAACUUUAUUUUCUUUAGCCAGAUAGCCUAAAAUCAAACAGAAUUAUUUUAUAGAUUAACACAUAUCCUAUAUUCAACAUUUAUAUUCUUUGAUUAUGAGUAAAUUAACUAAGAGUAGCCAGCAUGUAAAUUCCGAAAAUGAACUUCACUUAAUAGAAUCAAAUUACCAUCCCCUAAAUAAUUCCAAUAACUAGAUAAUUUAGUUUUAAAGAUGCCUCUAAUAACCACUGCAGCUGAAAUGGGGAUUUUUGUUUCUGAGUAAAGGAAACCAUAGCUACAAUUCUAUUGACUUCCUAUUCAAGUCCUAUAGGGACACUUGAGUCUUUCCAAGGUUUCUUGGUCUUUCAUGCUUAGAUUUGAAGGAGAUAUUGUAUUUAUAUCUAGUUCUCUAAAUCUGCCCUUAUAAGAAGUGAGGAGUUCUAGCACAGAGAUAGCCCUUCUCAAGCAUGUCUUCUGAAAGAACCAAGAACGUUUCUUUUUUGUGAGACUAUCCCAUUAUCUAUUUUUUAAUUUGACAAAACUACUGGACACAAGUAGCUGUCUUUAAAAAAAUUUUCAUUCUGGGUAAGAGAAACAUUUUAUGAUUUCUAAAAGCACUGCUUUUGCAAAUAGUUCAUAAAAGUACAUUGCGCUUAGCAAACUUUUACACAAUAUAGUUUGGGGGCAAUUAGCUAGCUUUAAGUAAAGGGGCUCAAGGCUUCCUAAAUUUGAAAUUGUGGUUUUUUUAGAGACCCAGGUAAUGGUUUGAGUUUUCUUGUAGAUGGUUUUUCUUCUAUUAAAUUUAUGUCAAAUAGUGCUAUGCCAUGAAGUAAUGGUUAAUAACUAAAACAAUAGGUAAUGUAAAAUCUACAAUUUACAAAUUAUGGUAGUCCAGCUUUUUGGAAAUACUUCUGAGAAUAUUUCUUUGAUCAGUAUCAUUUAGAGUAUUAUAUACAAAGAAGGAAUUUCUAAUCUAUAGCUGCCUAUUUUUAUAUAUAAAAUUAAAACUAUUCAUACUUAUCAUCAGUUGAAUAUUUAAUUUAAUUCUAAAUCUGACUGUCAACAUCUACAAUAACCAAUUUCCUAAAAAAGGUACUCUUAGUUUACACCAAAUAGAAAGAAGGUAUUUGUCUAGACACUGGCUGUGUACUACAUGAGUGCACUCGGGGUGGGGAGGAAGGAAUACAAAAGGAGGAGAAACAACAGUCCUAUCAAGGACUAUUUUCAUCUUUUAGGCUUGCUGAAAUGAAAUAAUCUAUGGGAAAAAUCCAGCACAGUUUUAUUAAUUUAAUUUAAAACAGACCACUAUAGGAUGGAAAAAGAACCCAGAAAUACUUGAAAUAGGAACUAUGAAAAUUGAUCAUUUUAAUGUUUGUAACUUAAAACUGAUUUUAAACAAAAACCUGCUAUUUUUAUGAAUGGGCACAUUUUUACUAUAGCAUAAAAACUUUUAAGAAGUGAAAAUAAUUCAGAUCGGAACAUUUAUUUCCUGAUGGGAAACUUAUCACUUAUUUCAUUAGAAAGAAUUCUGAAAAAUCUUUAACUAGAGAGUGAAAGAGAUAGUUACAGUUCUUGAAGUAAAAUAGUUCAUGUGUCAGUGAAGUAAGAAAGUGUUUAUCAUUUGCCCUAAGAAUAAAAAGUUAUUUAAAAAAAAUCUUAACAAGUAUUAGAAUGUUUGCAUUCAAUUUAAGAGGAGGGGAAAGGAGAUUAGAAUAGAAAGGAGAGAAGUGGGAUUUUUACUGAUUUAAAAAAAUGUAUAUAAGUAUAAUAGAGUAAUUUUCUAAGAAGAAAUGGAUUGCUAUCAUACCACAUAUCAGCCUAGCCUCCUAAGGGAAGAAGAUAAAACUAGAUUUUUAAACCAUCUUGAAUAUUGUAAUGUCAUUAAGGAAAUUAUUAAGAACAAGAAUGUUGAGAAUUUAAAAGGAAUAUCAGCAAAGAUAAUUCUGUUAGAUCUCAACAAAUUUAAAAUACAUUUUAGUAAAGAAGGAUCUAAAUUUGAUUAAAUAUUUUUUAAAAUAACCUCUCCUCCUGCUUUGUGUCUUUCUCCCUCCCCUCCUUCUCUUUUUGACCACAUUUUGGUCUAUUUUGGUGAGUAUAUACUUAAUGAAAAUUGAUAGGAAGAUUUUUUUAUUUUAUUUUAUUUUUUAUUACUCCUUGUAUGAUCACCAAAAGUAAAAGUAUCUUCAUGGAUGAAUGACUAUAGUUUCACUUUGAGAAGUUAACAAAAAUUAAAGAGUUUUUUUAAAAAUUAAAGUACAAAUAUUCCUCCUCUGCCCUCCCGUACUCCCCUCCCCCCCCCCAAAAAAAAAAAAUGCCUGUGAAGUGCAUUUCUUCCAGCAAACAUUGAGCCUGAAGGGAGAGAGACUCUAGGAUUUUACUGAAUUUUAGAUUUUAGACUUGGAACACGAUAGGAAUUUAUUAUUAGAGCUUCCCUGCCUUCAUACUGAUUGAGUAUAUUACUUCCCUUUUACAGAUGAAACAGUAGAGAACAGAGAAUUCCUUCCAUACCUCUAGCCACAUAAAAUGGCUAGCUAAAUACAUUUUAAUAAUGGAGGUUAGAAGUUUCUUUCCUUCUACAAGUUGCUUCCAUUAUAUUGUGCUGUAUCAGUGGUUUGUUUUUUUUAUUAUAUUAAUUAGGUAACCAAAAACUAGAAGGAGUAAGAAAAGCAUUAUUGUAUCAUGGUAUCACAAUUAAGAUUUUAACAAAAGAGUAAUCUGAGGCAGAUCUCUCAGCAAAAUAAUAUUUAUUAGCAGGGGCAUGCUACCUGUCAAUAAAUGGGUCCAUGGCUUUGCUUCUUUCUAUUAAUGCUAAAGACCCAGAGCACAAGGGCAGUUCCCCUUUUGUAAGGUUUGGGGAAUACAGAGCAGGGUAGAUGACAUCAUGGAAUUAAAGGUAGCAUGAUUGAUCACAAAGCAGAGGUGCAGGAAACACAUGGUUGUUGGAAGUUUGGUAGUGGGGGCUAGUAACGAUCCCCCUUCUCUCAUGAGACUUAGGUGCUCCAAGUUUAAGUCCAUGUGUGAGAUAAGCUCAGACUUUUGGACAGCAAACCAGACGUCCUUGAAGGAUAGCUUGUUGAUAUCAGGCUCAACUCCUUUUUUGUUCACACUGGUUCUCCAAAGUCAGUUAAAUUCCUUGAGGCAAAAAAAUUAGAUUUUUAAAAUUAACCCCUUACAGGCCAGCUAGAACUCUGAACUGAAUUCAGAGACAAAAAACCAUGAUUUAAGCAGUUGCAGGACAAAAAGCAGAGGGCAAAAUCAAUUACUUGUAAAUAGGAUCAAUAAGAAAAUGCUACAGGAUCAAUUUUAAUUUUCUCAGUGAUUAUAAUUAGCAGACUGAGUCUACCUGGAAUGGAGAAAUGAUUACUUUUUUUCUAAGGCUUUUUUUUUUUUUUUAAAUUUUAAUAGGGCUGUGGCAUUAAUAAACAUUUGGUAUACUUGAGUAAAAAAAAAAUCUUUUAAAAUGGUUUUUAAAAAAACAACUCUAAUGAUGAUAAACCCUAUCACUAAAGCAAUUUGCCUAUUGUGGUUAACUGUGGUUUUGCUUGUAUAUUCUUCCCCAUCUUCUUUCUUAAACCUUGUCUCCUUCCUAAGUUGCCUAAGAAUUUGUUGUCUUAAUAAGGAAAAGGUGAAAAUGAGGGUAAAACCUCUUAGAAACCAGUAGCACUGAAUCUUCCAGCAAGUUUUUCUUCUGCACUACUUUCCUAAUAAACCCUGGCUACUAGGUAGCCUUUGAUGACCUCCAAGUAGUUUACCUAUGCAACUUGUCAUAUCCCAUCCAUUCAUCCUUUUUUUUUUUUUUUUUUUUCCUUUGCUAUUUCAGGAAGAAGUUCCCAGGGGAGGUUUUUGGUAUAAAUUUGGUCUUCUCCUGGUUUUGUUUUGGCCACUUUUCUUCAUAAGUUUCAGCUUUCCUCAAGGUAUAUUUGACUAGAACAUUUAUGGGGGAACUCCUAGCAGUAAAUUUGAUAUCUAAUAACGGAGUUAUCUCCCUUUGCCUGAAAUCUUUUUUCUCCUCUAAAAAUACUAAUUUUAAAGAUUAACCCUUCUUUAUUUAUUUAAGAUACUCACACAUUACUUCUACAUUAUAUAGUCAGGGGCCCGAGUGUAACUCAUUACAUGAACCCUAGCGCUGUUUUAUCUUUCAGAAGAAAUUUAAACCAAACUAAGAGCCUUACAGUUUAAGGUGAGGCUGGAUUAAAAGCUGCAAUCUCAUUUUCCCCCAAAUAGAAGUUCUGAGAGAAGUGCGUCACAAAUCUUGCAGCAAUUUGGUGGGAUGUCACAGCACGCAUCGGGAAAUGCACCUGUGUCUUUGCAGUUGUAUUUCCUUUGGAAAAGACUUUUCUACUUUUAAUAUGAAUUAAGCCAUAAUAAUUUCAUGCUGUGGAACGAGAGUAGAGAGCUUCACUUUAAGAGAUUAUAUAAUACAAACUUUCACAUUUACUGUGAAAUGACUUGACUUUGCCAGUGCUUCAGCAGGUUUUGUGGUGAUAUUUUGGAGGGGGGAUGUGAUAUUUUGUUUUUUAAUCUGUGAAAUUUUAAAAGGGGACAGUUGUUGGCUAUGGUAUUUACUAGUUUUGUAGUAAUGUUUUGCUAACCUGACUGCCUUUUCUUCCCCGAUGAUUUUUAUGGUCCAAGUUGACUCUUGCUAUUCUUUCUUACUUUGGGUGUCUCUGGGGGUAGUAUCUUGUCUAUUUGUAUAGGUUGUCGGUGUGUGUGCACAGGGUGUGUCCUUUUGUUACAGAAACACACUGGGUUGCAAUUGGGUGUUUGGCUGGGAAAUGGGAUGCUGAAGUGUGAAGAACGUUUUUGUUUUUGUCGUUUUUUUUUUUUUCCAAUUCAUAACAGUAUUUCCCAUCUUUUGCCUGCAGGCAGGGAAAGUGUAUGUACAGUAUUUAUUUUGUUUCUAUUUUACUUUAAAUUUGUAAGUUUUGAAGUAGCUUAUGUUGGUCAUAGGGAAGGACAAGUGACUUGUUUAAAUUUGUAUUUGGUAUUCAUAUUUUCCAAUUUCUGUACUUUUAAGAUACUGAGAUUAAAAUUGGUAUUACUUUUUGUUUUGAUUUUAGCACGCCAGUGUAAUUUUUUUGUUGUUCAUUUUGUUUGAAAGUAUAAAUGCUGAAAGCUGUGUAAACUGUGUCUUUGGAAGAAAAAAAUUCUGAAUUCUAUUUCCAA